CUCUUUCACAUUUUGGUUUGUGAAUUUCACCUUUGAGAGAGAAAAAAACCAAAAUCGAUUUUUUCAGUUCGCAGUUCAUCUCAUCUCUCACUCUCAUUUCUCAAAAUCAUCACUUUCCUUUCUUUUCCCUAAUUUUAUCUGUUUUUUAGGGUUUUCAUUUUGGUUUCUCAAUUUGCUGUUGCUCUGUUUUGGAUCGUAAGCUUCUUCAAACUUGCUUCAAAGUUUCUGCAGAUUGAAGCUUCAACUUGGAAAACCCAAUUUUUUUUUUCUGCUAGGGAAGAGCUAUGGAUGCUGAUUCGUGGACUGCUCGUCUUUCUUCUGCUUCUAAGCGUUACCAAUCUGCUCUUCUAUCACGAUCUGGUUUAGCUCAACAUUCAGGUAUGUUCAUGGGGUUUGAAGAACUUGAAGGGGAUGACGAUAUAAGGGAGGAAUUCCCAUGCCCAUUUUGCUCAGAAUAUCUUGAUAUAGUCGGAUUAUGCUGUCACAUUGAUGAAGAGCAUCCUAUUGAGGCUAGGAAUGGGGUAUGUCCAGUCUGUGAAAUGAGGGUGGGAGUUGACAUGGUUGCGCAUAUAUCCCUGCAGCAUGGAAAUAUUUUCAAGGUGCAGCGUAAGAGAAAAUCUCGUAAAGGUGGUUCACACUCAACACUCUCUUUAUUGAGGAAAGAGCUUCAAGAUGGAAAUUUGCAGUCUCUUUUUGGGGGUUCUUCAUGUUUAUUUACUUCCUCCAAUGCUGCGCCUGACCCAUUACUUUCAUCAUUUAUUCUACCGUUGGCUGAUGACUAUGGCAGUGUUCAACCACACUUGUUGGCUGAAUCAAGCUCCGUGAAGAGUAAUUCUCAAGACAAAGCAGUAGAACGGAGCAUCCCGUCGUCGCCCUUGUCCGUACAAGAUAAGGAAGAGAAAACAAAACGAUGCACAUUUGUGCAAGGGCUGUUAAUGUCGACCAUCCUUGAUGAUAAUUUAUGAGUCAUUGCACACAUCAAAGUUGGCUGCUGCAAUAGUGGAUGUAAAAUUCACAAAGGGCCCUCCUUGGUUUGCUUGUAGCUCUCAAAAUACUAGUAUGCUUCAAUGAGAGUGUCAAAUAAGGUGUAGUGUAAUUUAUGUUGUUUGUAAAACACCAAUUCUUAGGCAUGACAAGACUUCCAUUUCCUGUUUUAAA